GCGCCCAUUGAACAGAGUGGUAGGCCUAGGCGUCCACCACAGCAACUCUAUCCCACCAUUGUCCCAUCUGCUGUAAUUUCAUUCCUGAACUGCGCAGCCCCGUACGUUCGUUCUCCUUGCUGCAAAUUACCGUAAACCGCGGCGAGGUUUCAGUAAAAAUUGACGGUCUAUGGAGAACAGCGAACAGCGUUUACGACCAAGGUCUACGGGAGGAUCGUCGGGAAAGAACCGGCUGCGAGAUCGGGCCACGUGUUUGUCUUAUCUCGCCAAUUUCGUUUCUCACGAUCUUCCUUGCCAGUCUCACGAGAGAUUCUGCUUUGUGCUCUAAGGCUCCGAUAGUCCCUGUAUCAACUAAGGUGCCGGUGACGGGCAGUCGGGCACACAGCACUUACCAUCUAUGCUCCAGUCUCACAAACCGAGUUUGAACUAAUACACGCGAGGCAGAUAGAACGUGAACUGCGCUGGCAUAAAAUAGCAACGGUGGGCACGUUGUUCACCGUUCACUUGCACACUUACACCACGCCUGACGCUUGCACUCGCAUCCUUGCAUCACAUAUACUCCCUUUCGUGUAUUCUCUCUCGCUCCAGACGAUGUCGCCCGCUACAGGAGCCGAUUUAUCACCCGAGACACUGUCAUCCAUCCUGGACUGCCUCUUGCCGCUUCUUGCCGAUUAUUUCGACUACACCCCAGAUAGAUGGCGCCGAUUGAAACACGAGCUCGUUGCGCCUAGCCUCGUGUGCAAGCACUGGGCGGAAGCCAUCAGACCUAUCCUCUUCCGACGACUCGCCUUGCGCAAUGUCGAAGAUGUACAGUUCUUGAAGGACAUCGUCUAUAGCCCUCGGUUCGCCAUCUCAUCUCUGUUCAGGGCCGUCAAGUGGAUAGAGAUCCAUCAAGAAGCUACAGAGGCGAGAUCUUGGCUUCACCACGUCCAUGGACUUUCAACUCGACUCCAAAAGACAAGGUUCAAGUGCAUCGUCAUGAGCCGCACGGACGAUCUUGCAUCAAUGACCGGCCGUUGGGCCCCAUUUGACUCGAUACCGAGCGUUACUCCAUCCUACGUCCGACUUUCUGUUCUCACCCUGAAUGGGCUGGUGUUCACGAGCACGACCGAGCUCGCACGGCUCGUCGACAAUUUCUCCACGCUCGAGGACUGCUUCUGCGACCAACUCACCUUCCUUGACCCGUUGCCCGUUUUCCAGUCACGCAGAAUCCGACGGCGUGCUCCGUUGGCCUUCUCCAGGUGCAGGAUACAGCAAUGCAAGGGUAUGGCAGUUUCCGUCCAAGCAGCGCUAGCUGCUGAUAUCCUUGCGGCCGCUCGCCGCAUGGGCCUUGACGAACACACAUGGGAUACAGCCCUUCAAGCACUGCUUGUGUUGGUACCAAACACAUUCGACAGCACGCCUGUGUAUCUUAAUAAUCAGAACGGCAGUAUGUUUGAUGCGGUGAGAAUCGAGUGCCGUCCACUCGGUCAAGGCGUGUCUAUCAAUGAUUCUAUCAAUAUCGACGUCAAGGUUUGCCGGCCAAGUGUGGACCGGGGUGCGGAGUCUCCAUUCGCGCAUAUCUCGAGCAUCGCAUUGGGGCUUUCAUUCGCGGAUGUCGAAGCCGUGGAUACAUUUAAUUGGGAUGUCUUGAGAGUCGUUGUCGAUUCCCCACACAUGCGCUGCCUUCGCAUCAACUAUUUCGUAUCGCACGGCGGCGUGAAGAGGAUCCUGUGCUCCGUGUUGCGCCGCACGCAGCUGACCUGGGCUCUCGAGUCAGGCAAACUGCAGUUCGGAUACCGCUAUGGGGACGGAUCGGUUACAAGCGCAGACAUCUUGUCUGUGCCGACGGAGCACACUGUCGAUGAUACCACGAUCACCCUGGACAUCGCUGAACAAGCCGAGUGGUUGCUAUACCCGGUUCUACGCCGUUACCCGGGUCGCACUACAAGAGAGGAGUACGUACGGCAGCUCGUAGCCGAGCGCACGAGCAGAGUAUCCAAGGACACGGGCUCAGAGAUUGUGCCAUCUACCGCAGAUAGCACUCCGUACACAGCGGUCGACUAGGCCCAGGAGAUGCCGGAGGCCACUAUGCAAGGAGGCGAAGAGUACGACGUAGUGGGCGGUGGAGAUGAAGAGGAUUAUCCUUCGAUGGAGCUUUAGGGCGAGCGUGGACGUAUUAUCGGGCGGGCGAACAGGCUCUGGGGUAGGCGCGAGUGUGGGCAGAAGCGACUUCCACAGAAUUUUUAGGGCGUCGUGUCUCAUUUUGGAGUCUUCACUUUAAUUUGUCAUGGUUUAGGUCACUAGCUCAGACCAGCUUCGGUUAUUACUCUCUAUAUAUCCUGCACAUUUUUCUUGCUUCAUCUUUCUUACCCCAUCGCUCGCCCCUCUGUAUUUGUAGACUGAUGUGCACGAGCAAAUUAAGAGACGGAAUAAGACAAUGUAUUUCCCCUGCUGCAGAGCGGUGCUUAGUGCCCGGCCCGAGAUCUAAUAGUGUGCACCGC